AUGGCAAAGGUGAAAAUUAUAGAAGUGUGCAAGGUAGUUCCCUCGCCUGCUAGUAUGGCAACUACCUCUUCCUCCUCUCCAAACUCUCUCCCUCUUACUUGUUUGGACCUAAUCUGGCUAAGGAUGCAACCAAUUCAACGAAUCUUCUUCUAUGAGUUUCCAAACUUAGAGGAUCCAAAUAGAGAUACAACUCUGUUUUUCCAUUCAGACAUUGUUCCAAGGCUCAAACACUCCUUAUCUCUCACCCUCAAACACUUCCUUCCUCUUUCCGGUAACCUCAUUUGGCCCGAAUCCUCCUAUAAACCUCUCAUUCUUUACAACGAAGACGAUGAGGACGCCGUUUCUGUUACUGUGGCUGAGACAGACGCUGAUUUUCACCGUCUAUCAGGCACAAAUGAAUUCUUUGAAGCAACAGAAUACCAUCCUUUUAUCCCCAACUUGGCAGUGUCUCGCGAACGAGCUGCAAUCUUAGCAUUCCAAGUCACUUUGUUCCCCAACUUUGGAUUCUCCAUUGGAAUGGCCAAUCACCAUGCGGCAAUAGAUGGAAAAUCAGUACACAUGUUUUUAAAAACAUGGACACAUAUUUGCCAAUCCCAACAACAAGAAGAAGAGUACAACUACAGUUAUAGUCCUUUGGAGUUGAAACCUUUUUUCGACAGAACUGUAAUUGUGGACUCGAAAGGGAUUGAUGCAAUCAUAGCGGAACAACUUCGAGAAUUAGAUGGAGGACCUCACAAUAGAAGCUUAAUACCAUGGAAGAAGGAAGUUCCAUCAGGUACAGUUAGGGGCACUUUCCAAGUGACAAGAGAGAACAUAAACAAAUUGAGACAAUUGUUGAAUGUUCAUAAUAAUAGCCUUCGUCACUUAUCUAGCUUUUGCCUCACAUUUUCAUAUAUACUAGUUAGUUUAGCUAAGGCAAAAGGAUUGCACAAAGAUGGCCAAAAAAUAUUUUUUGGCUUUGCUGUGGAUGCUAGGUCUCGCUUUGAGCCUCCUUUGCCUGGAACAUACUUGGGAAACUGUGUUGUAGGAAAGUUUGCAGAAGCAUAUGCAAAAGAUUUGGCUGGGGAAGAUGGUCUUUUCCUCGCUGUAAAAGCCAUUAGUGAUGCCAUAAGAAGUUAUGAGACGGCGAAGGAGACUAUUUUGUAUGGACUAGAAAAUUUGGUUCCUGUGUUUUUAAAGUCGCAUGAAGGUAAAGGUAGUCAUGAUGAAUUAUACACCAUAGCUAGUUCACCUAAGUUUGAGCCUUACAAUACUGAUUUCGGAUGGGGAAGGCCCAAAAAAUCGGAUGUGGUUUCAAUUGAUAAAACAGGAGCAAUAAGUCUUUCUGAUACUAGAAAUGGAGAUGGAAUUGAAGUUGGGUUGGUAUUGAAGAAACAUGAUAUGGAAAGUUUUGCUUUUCUAUUCCAACAAGGUCUUGAGUGA